CAUUGGAGUCUUCACUCGUUCACCAAACCUUCAUUCUGUUUUCUUGAGCUUGUGUGUUUCGUUUUCGUUUUACCUCCUUUUUCUGUUGAGUGGUGGGCAGGAUGAGCAGCUUACACACGUCUCGCUCGAUGAACUUCUUCGGGAUUGAUAAGCCUGAAUGGUUGCAGCCGAAGCCGAAGAGGAUGAUGUCGCAGCAGUUUGGAGCAAGCAAGAACAGUAAGGCGAGAAGCCAAAGUACAGGAGGUGUUCUGAACGACGUCACUGCUGGUGUGAACAACUCCAAACCUCCGACCUCACGCCAGCCUCACGCCCGCAACCCUUCCAUCCCUUCUCCGAAGCUCGGAGACGAAUCCUUUGCGCAGUCAGUGAGCACAACCCUCGCCUCUCGCGGCAUCAAGGGCUUCUCCCAGAUCCUCGGAGCACGCCGCCUCGCACGCAAAUCUUCCGCGCUCAACUUGAAUCUUGGCAAUGUUAGUCAAGGGCUGAGUCUGAGGUUCUCUUCGAGUAAUCCGAUGGUGAAUAUCGUUCCUCCCAACGAGAACGCACUGGUUGUCGAGAGCAACGAGCCGGAGAAGCAGAGGACGCCUAGGGCGCAGAGUUUGCCGUUGAAUUUGAUUACGCCGGCACAGGCGAACACACUCGCUGGUGAUCCUGGAAGCCGUAAUCGGAAGCAUCUUCAGAUUGAUGUUUCUCUCACGAAACAGCAAAAAGCACCGCCCUCUAUCGUCGACUCCGCCUCGGCCGUUAGCGUUCCUCGUCCCAGCGCUGAAGCCGAUUUCUUCACGUCACCGUCGAGUAGUGGACAUUCGAAUUUGUUCUCUCCACUCGAGUUGCAGUUUGAUCGCCCUACAGCUACCGCGACCACUGUCCCCAGUCUCUACGCCCCGUCACUCCACCCAAGUCUCGAACAGGCCCGCGCCACGUCAUCGACGUCCUUACCGCUCCCUCAGAGUACGGGGCAGGAAAGCUCGAUCGGACAUGGGUUGUUGCCUGGUUUGGCUAUCGCGCAGGCGUUUGCUAUGCCUGCCGGUGUGUUGUGCAAUAUGCAAUCUGAGAUGGAUUUACGUGCUUUGAAGGGUUUGUGGGCACGUCGUCGUCAACCCAGGAAGCGGCUUCCUUUUGCGAGUGGUGCGGGUGAGGGGUCUGCGAAGGAUCCUGCGAAGGUGUUUUCGCCUCCUGCGACUCCGGGACCGGUUCCGCUUAGCCCGGCGUUCAGUGAGAUGAGUGUUUGGGAGGAUGACACGGAUGAUGAAUCCUCGUAUUCGGAGGACGAGGAUGGGAAGCUUCCGAAGAAACUCAAAGCUGCGGGGGAGUUUUUGAGGAAACAGAAAUCGUUGCCGGCAUUGUUUGGGAGGAUGAAUCUUCAGGCGAAGAAGUCGCUUGAGAUGUUGACUGCGAGACCGGGGUCGAGAGCAAGACCGGGUUCUGGGGUUAGCUUUGUUGUGGAGGAGAUCAAGGCACUUGGGGAGAGAGAUGUGUUGCAUGUUCGUAAUAAGGCUGGGGCGGACGUGCUUGUUCUUAGCUGUGAGGAUGGAAAGACUUGGCCGGCUGCGGGGACUGCGGAGUUGGUGGUGUCGGAGAUGAUAUCGCCACUUGGUCGUGAACCUGAUGAGGCUUCUUGACCCUAUUGACGGAGCACUACCAUAAAUCUGAGCGCUCGCUGGCGAAGUGGGAUCGUGAGGUGAUGCAGAAACGUAUGCUCAAGAUCUUGGAAACGUGGAUCAAGACGCAGCCUGAGAAACUCAUCGGAUGUGAAGAGACGAUUCAGGGACUUGAGGAGUUUUGUGA